CCACCCACGCACACUAUCGUAUCGUCAGUGUUUGCAUCUAUGCGCUGUCACCACCAUCACCCUCUCUCUCUCUCUCUCCCUAUAAUAGAUUUUCCUAUUCCCACCCCUUAACCCUCACCGUCAUCAAAACUAUAUAAGAUUAACCUUUCUCUUUGUGAAUCCUAUUCAAACGUCGAUUGUGAAUCUGAGUGUUUUUUUACUUUGAUUCGAUUCGAUAUGAAGCGAGCGAGGAAAUCCAACAGGGUUUCGUGGGCUACUGGAGAGAACCUGUGUCAGGUAAAAUUGUUCUUGUCUGACGAUUACCCCUCAAUAGUUGGUCAGAAAUCACAAGAUCAUCUUCAAGCAAAGACAUCAUCAAUGUUACAUUCUAGUAUUAACGAACCUAAUGAUUUGCCCCCCGGGUUUGAAAGCAGUCAUUUCCUAAACCAACCCAAGGUUGAAUUAUCCAACAUUCCCCUGAUAAAAUGGGAAUGCCCUCCUCUGGUUGUUGUCAGAUCUCAAUGGCGUGUUGCAGCAGGUGAAGAAAGUAGGGAGAAAGAGAAUCAGAAACUGAGAGAAAUGAGGGUGCUUGAAGCACUUUAUCCCCGUCUUUCUGCCAUUCCUCCUAGCCCUUCUGUCUCUUUGGAUGUAGAAGAGGAAGAUUAUGAUGAUGGCAUUACUCCUCUCAUCCCUAUCAUUCCCAUUGAAGAGGAAGAAUCUAUGGAUAUUCUGCCUGAAUUGGCAGUAGCACUGAAGCCUUCCCCCAAUGUGCAGUCGCAGAACUCUCCGCAAUAUAUAUCUGCAAAAACCUCCAUUAGUUCAGCCUCUAAUGCCUCUCCUGCUGUUUCCCAUGAUCCUUGUGUAAGGCCAUUGGCUGAAGCUGAUUUAGCAGCAGCCUCUUCAGUUGUUGCAACCAUUAUAAGGAGUAAUGAGCAAGGAACCCUGAUUGAUAUGGAUUUACUGGGUAAAAUAUUUACUGAUCCAAAAAUACUUGAGCAGUUGAUUAAUGAACACAGAACUGCAGCUACCACCACAAGUGCGUCCUCAAAGACUGUGGAUAUACCCACUUCUGGGCAGAAGCCUGCUAUUCCAUCAGUUCUGUUGUCUACAUCUACACCUGAUGUGACAGCUUCUGGGACUACACCCACAAGUGCAGUGAGUUCAUUACCUUCUGGGUUUUGGUUGAAGCCUUCAAAUCCAUCAGUUUCAUUAUUGAAUCCUACACCUUGUAAGACACCCACUCUGUCAGUGCCCGCAAUUCCAUCAUUUUCACUAUUGUCUUCUACACAUGAUCAGCCUGUGACUGCAUCAGUUCCAUUGUCCAGGCCCGUAUCUGGUAAGCCAGUAACUCCCUCAGUUUCAUUGCUUACACAUACUCCUGCGCUUGAUAUGCACAGGCCUGUCAGCAAAAAUUUUCACGUGUCAAGUGGAAUGCCCCCUGCUUUAAAUAGCCAGUCUCAGCAAGAGACAGCUCUGGCAUCUGGGCCAAAGCGAGCCGCAUCAUUGGCGUCCAUACCUUAUAGCCAAUUAAGCUCUGGUCCAUUGCCUUCUGCAGCCGGGAACUUGCGCGCAACUAUAAAUCAGGCGCAAUCUGCUGCAACCACAAUGCCUUAUAAACUAAGUACGUGUUCAUCAGCUUUUGCAGUAAAGGAUGCCAACUACUAUAAAAACCUAAUCAGGCAACAUGGUGCAGACAAGCAAGAUAUCCAGGACUCACACAUAGGUAUCCGUCAUAGUAACUUCCAAGAUAUGAAACCGGUACAUAAUAUUAAACAAGGAGAAGUGAAACACAAAAUCCAGAAACCAUGCAUAUAUUUUAAAAGCCCAAGGGGGUGCCGAAAUGGUUCCAAUUGCCCCUAUCAGCAUGAUGUUUCAGAUCAGUGGGGAGCUGGUAACGUCUUAGGGGCACAGAGUGCUAAAAGAUUGAAACUGGGAGGCGAGAACUAAAUCUUAAAGAGACAUACCUUAACGGUAAAAAUUAUAAGGUUUCUUUUUGUUUCACCGUACAAAACUUGCACAUAAGAAAGUGGAGGUUGGAAAGAGAGCCGGGAGAGUAAAAAGUGAGGACAUUGAUUAAUUGGUUUACUAAGUUUUCUGGCCGGAUUUUACUUGAUUUCGGGCUUGCAUUAUUUUUCGUACAAUUGGGUCGAAGGUUUUAUGGUUGUUUGACAGGAUCAGUAGUUGGUUUGAGAAAUUGACAUUAGUGUUUUGGUCAAAA